AUGGGAAACUACUACUCACUGCCGGCAGAUUCACUUACUUUCAAACCCCCGAAGGGGGCUGUCUUUGAAGAGGUUCCACUGACGCUUGAGGUUGAUGAAAUCGAUCCUCCACCCGCCGCCAUUGUGGACCGUGCCAAGAUAUAUCCAGAAUUCAAAGAGAAUGGGCGAAUCUUCCGCAAUCCAGUCCUCUAUGCCCAAUUUUGCCUGCUCCUGAAGAUAUGCUAUGAAGUCCAUGAAUAA